AUGCUUGUUUCCCUAGGCAGCGCAAUGCUUGUUUCCCUAGGCAGCGCAAUGCUUGUUUCCCUAGGCAGCGCAGGUCACGUGCGUGCUGUGAUCGCUGCAACAGAGGUAAAUAAACUCUUCUGCCCUCUAAGCUUCUUUUCUCUUAACAAAGCUAAAAGAGCUGCCUGCUUGCGUGCUGCCGCUCUGCGGGGCCGCGUUGCCUGUAAGCCCGCGCCCACUACCCCCCGCCGCCCUGCGCCCGCCCCCGCCGGCGCCCGCUCCCCGGCCCGGCCUCCACUCCCCGCCGGCCUCCCCCUGCGCUAUUCCUCUAGGCACAGCUGCCUGCCCCUUCCCCCUGUUACUGUUGUCUAUAUGCGGCGCUUUGUUGCAGCGCUUAUUGCAGAGGACAAGCAGGCUGCGUCCUAG